GCAUUGUCGCGUCGUCGUCCAUGUAGCUGACAGUGACCUUCGCCUUUCUUGGCCACUUUCGAACCAGACAGAGCUUGCGCAGAUCUACGAAGCCUAGGAAGGCAGAUUUCCUUCGCAGUUACAGCAUCGCACUUUCAAACCUUCUUUCCUGCUCACCAGCCAAAGAUUGCCUCAGCCAACCCACGCACUGCCCCAUGCCUUAUGGCUAACUACGAAUAUGAGGAACCUCCAGCCAAAAAACGACGGUUCUUUACCGACGCUGAUGACAAUGCCACCACUGAUGAGCCUCAGCUGGAUCGCCAGUCCAGAGGGCAUGUCAGCGCAUCCCCCGGAGCUGUAGGCACUCACAGCACCACCGCAGCACCACCUCCAGAACCCUCGACGCCGUCUUUCGAUCGAAGCACGUUUCUCGCUCUAGUUGGGGAGGAUAUCAGCCCAGACACACUGCAGAUAAUCAGGUCAAACUGUGGCAAUAAUCUCGAACGAGCGAUCAACAUAUAUUUUGAUGGGACAUGGAAAACCUUUAGCAAGCCGGCCAUGAUCAAAAGCUCACCGCUGGCUUCUCGACCGGUCGCCUCAGCCUCGCAUCGAUCUAAUUCGACAGACACACUACCCUUGGUUGCGAGUCCCUCAAAGAACGCGCCCGACCGACGCUAUAUUGGUGCAUUUGGAGUCGAAGGUUGGGCGACGAGGAGUGGUGCGAACCUGCUCAAGCACGGUGACGUAGUCAAGAUUGAGCGGCAGAAAAUUCAGGUCCCUGUCCGUGGCAAGAGCAACACAGUUUCGUCGCUUGCAACCAUGAACAAACCUAGUCUUGCAGCCUCAAAACGCGUUGACGUGAUCGUGCGGUUCACAGACUCCAGGGGCGCUGAGAUUGGUCGUCUAGCCAAAGACGCAGCUAACUGGGUGUCGACGCUGAUGGAUCAGGAAGUCUGCAGUUUUGAGGGAACAUGUGUGUAUGCACCAGAACGACUCCGCACCAACGAUACAGUCUUCCUGCAGCUGAGGUGCUUCAUCCUGAAGGCUGCGUUCCGGAAUUCUGAGUUUAAACUCACAGAGAAUCGGUCGACAGGCCUGUUUGAGGAAAAGGAAACAAACGAGGAGCGCGACUUGCGGCUCAGACAAGUCGCCCUGGUCCGCUUGUUCCACGAGAUCAACCUCCUCCCCACCCGAAGCACGGAAGCUGCUGCUCGUCAUGGGCGCAAAGGCCUACUCGAUGCUGCGGAUAUGGCGGAGAACACUGCCAAAGCUGCCACGACUGGCACUUCAGGGGGUGAUGAUGGAUCAUCUCCCCCAUCGGAGGAAGCCGAGGAAGGAACCGAGCUCGAGCAAGACCAGCUUGAUGCCCUGUACAAAAAGGCACAGUCCUUUGACUUUAACACCCCGGAAGCGGAGCCUGCCAAUACUUUCAACAUGACUCUGCGCCCGUACCAAAAGCAGUCGCUGCACUGGAUGUUGCGCAAGGAGAAGGACCUCAAGAACGAGGGUCGGGAGAAGUCUAUGCAUCCGCUUUGGGAGGAGUACACUUGGCCAUUGAAGGAUACUGAAGACAAGGACCUGCCCGUCAUCGUUGACCAAUCCGUCUUUUACGUCAACCCUUAUUCAGGAGAGAUGUCCCUGGAGUUUCCCGUCCAAGAACAGCACUGUCUCGGUGGCAUUCUUGCUGAUGAAAUGGGACUGGGCAAGACAAUCCAAAUGCUCGCCCUGAUACACUCUCACAAGUCCGAGGCAGUAAUGUCUGCCGAAGCCAUGGAAUCUGUCAACCAGCUGCCACGAUUGUCCGAUGCGACGACCACAAGUAUAGUUGAUGCGCCCCGGACAACAUUGGUAGUUGCCCCAAUGUCACUGCUCGCGCAAUGGCAGAGCGAGGCCGAGAAUGCCUCCAAGGACGGCACACUCAAAUCCAUGGUCUACUACGGAAAUGAGAAGGCUGCCAACUUGCAGACCCUCUGCGGCCAGAACAACGUUGCCAGCGCCCCAGAUAUCAUCAUCACUAGCUAUGGAGUUGUGCUUUCCGAAUUCACCCAGAUUGCUCGAUCUGGCAAUCGAGACCGAGGUCUCUUCUCUCUGAACUUCUUUCGCAUCAUCCUGGACGAGGCCCACAACAUCAAGAACCGCCAGUCCAAGACCGCGAAAGCCUGCUAUGAACUCUCUGCCGAUCAUCGAUGGGCUCUCACGGGAACUCCCAUUGUGAAUCGGUUGGAAGACCUCUUCAGCCUUGUCCGAUUCCUGCGCGUCGAGCCUUGGAAUAAUUUUUCAUUCUGGCGCACAUUUAUCACGGUACCAUUUGAGUCGAAAGACUUCAUGAGGGCCCUGGAUGUCGUUCAAACGGUUCUCGAGCCUCUCGUCAUGCGGCGCACAAAGGAUAUGAAGACACCGAGUGGCGAACCACUCGUUGCGCUUCCGCCAAAGCAUAUGGAGAUCGUGGAAGUUGAGCUUUCCAAGCCGGAGCGGGAUGUGUAUGAUCACAUAUUUACGCGGGCGAAGCGUACCUUCUCUGCAAAUGUGGAGCGAGGCACCGUCAUGAAAGCAUACACAACCAUUUUCGCCCAAAUCCUCCGACUACGGCAGUCUUGUUGUCACCCGCUAUUGGUCAGGAACCAGGAGAUUGUGGAAGAUGAGACGGCGGCCGGUGCUGAGAUUGAUGCUUCCACUGGUCUGGGCGACGACAUGGACUUGCAGUCACUAAUUGCACAGUUCACUGCCACGACAGACGACGAGAAAGAUGCCAACGCCUUUGGGGCGCAUGUCUUGGAGCAGAUCCGAGAUGAGGCGGUCAAUGAGUGCACACUCUGUUUCGAAGAGCCUAUGGUGGAACAGACAGUGACGGGCUGCUGGCAUUCGGCGUGCAAGAAGUGCCUUCUCAAAUACAUUACGCACUACACAGACAAGCACGAGAUCCCCCGGUGCUGGAACUGUCGCGAGCCUCUCAACAGCCGCGACCUCUUUGAAGUAGUACGACACGAUGACGACCCCGACGCUGGACUGGCCACUCCAAAAAUCAGUCUUCAAAGAUUAGGCGUGAACGACUCCUCGACCAAAGUGGUUGCAUUGAUGAAGCACCUUCGCGAGCUGCGUAAGCAGCACCCGACCAUUAAAUCCGUCGUUUUCAGUCAAUUCACCUCAUUCAUGUCUUUGAUUGAACCGGCCUUGGCCAAGGCGAACAUGACCUUCCUCAGACUAGACGGAAGCAUUAACCAAAAGGCCCGCACGGCCGUCCUUGACGAGUUUAGAACCUCAAAGAAGUUCACCAUCUUGCUCAUCAGUCUACGUGCUGGUGGUGUCGGCUUGAAUCUUACGCAAGCAAAGCGUGUGUUCAUGAUGGACCCGUGGUGGAGUUUUGCGGUGGAAGCACAAGCGAUUGAUCGUGUGCAUCGUAUGGGACAGGAUGAGGAGGUCAAGGUUUAUCGCUUCAUCACCAAGGACAGUGUUGAGGAACGCAUGCUCAAGAUACAGGACCGAAAGAAGUUCAUAGCAACCUCGCUCGGCAUGAUGUCAGAUGAAGAGAAGAAACUAGCACGAAUCGAGGACAUCAAGGAGCUCCUCAGCUAAGCCCAUAUGGCAAGCAGGCAGUGCGCACGCGGUUUGGGACAAACACAUAUCAUAGAGCAUCUCAUGACUGGCGCACAGGGCAGGAAAGCAUAUCUAUUGAUUUGGGCCGGGGCAUCCCAUGGAGUCGAAACACGAUGUACAUAGCUGAUCUUUGAGCAUUUACUGGCGCAAGGGUGGUUGGCCUGGUCACCAUCCAGAAAAACAAUGGCUUUCGGCAGUUCGAAAUUAUCAAAGGCAGAAGUACGUGCGGAGGCGAUUAUCCGCACCGCCUUGUCGUACAGCCGGAAGGUCGCAGAUCUCGGCCGCUGUCGUGAUACCC